CGGGUUAGUACACUGCAGCCAAUCAGAAAGCGGCGUCGGGUGCGCACUUACUUUGGACGACGGGCCUGGGGCCAUGGAGCGACGAGUUGUCCCCUGAUCCCAAACUUUUUGCAGCCUUCUCUCGACACCAACCCAUUGGGUGCUGCUCUUUUGGGCGCAGUCAUGGGGGACAUCGAGGGAUCCUACCGGGUCCUGCAGACCCCGGGCACAAGACUGGGUGCCCAAUUCAACGCAGGCAUCAGCACACUGGAGCCUGGCCAGAGCCUCAGUACCAACGUGGUGGUGGUAGGAGGCUCCCCCACCGCCAAGGGUCUCGGUCGGGGGCUUCAGGUCCGCGUUCAGGGUCUGGACGAGUCCCAGGAGUUCUUCGAUCUAGACCCGAGAGCUUUAGGGCAGGAUCUUCUCUCGGAGGUGUUCCUCCGAGGCAACCUCAUUGAGAGUGAUUACUUUGGGCUGGAGUUUCAGAACAUGCAGAUGAGCUGGUUUUGGCUGGAGCCCACCAAGCUCAUUGUGAAGCAAGUCCGAAGACCGGCAAAUUCUCUGUUUAGACUGGCUGUGAAAUUCUUCCCCCCAGACCCCGGUCAGCUGCAGGAGGAGUUCACCAGGUACUUGUUCUCCCUGCAGAUGAAAAGGGAUUUGAUGGAGGGACGCUUGAUCUGCACAGAAAACACCGGAGCCCUCAUCGCCUCUCACCUCGUCCAAUCCGAGAUCGGCGACUACGACGCGGCCGCCGACCGAGACUUCCUGAUGAAUAAUAAGCUGUUGCCGUACCAAGAGAAGGUCCUGGAGGCCAUUGUGGACUUCCACCGCAGACACUUUGGCCAGACCCCCGCCGAAUCCGACUUCCAAAUCUUAGAGAUUGCCCGCAAGUUGGAGAUGUACGGCGUGCGCUUCCACCCGGCGGCCGACCGGGAAGGCACCAAGAUUAACCUGGCCGUGGCUCACAUGGGCCUUCAGGUGUUUCAGGGCCACACCAAAAUAAACACCUUCAAUUGGUCCAAGAUUCGCAAGCUGAGCUUCAAGAGGAAGCGCUUUCUGAUCAAGCUCCACCCGGAGGUUCACGGCCCACAUCAAGACACUCUGGAGUUCAUGAUGGGCAGCAGGGACCAGUGCAAGGUCUUCUGGAAGAUCUGCGUGGAGUAUCACUCCUUUUUCCGUCUCUUUGACCAACCCCAACCAAAACCCAAGACCCUACUUUUCACCAGAGGCUCUUCUUUCCGAUACAGUGGGCGCACGCAGAAGCAGCUUGUGGAGUACGUGAGGGAAAACGGAGCCAAGAGGACACCGUAUCAGAGGAGGAACAGUCGAGUCCAAACGUCAUCUCGCUCUCUUACCAUAGAUGUGCCAAAACAGAGCUUGUCGUUCAACGAGCGUCUCCGGACGCCGUGCUCGCCUCCUUCGUCCUCGCUGUCCUUCCACUCGCCGCACGUCACCGGCCCGCGCAAAGACCACCACCUGGCUCAGCAGCAGCCGCCUUCGCCCGCCAUGCCGUCCUCGCCGGCGUCCCCUCAGCAGCCGCCUCACAUCCCCCCGAAGGAAGGAGUCGUCAACGGCGCCAAUUCCCCGACUCACUGCUCUUUCCCAGACAUGCCGUCGGACAGCCCCCGUCUGUUCCCCUCGGACGCCGCCGGCCCACUUUGCCUGUCACCCUCCUUCCAGAUGUCCACACUGAGCUUACCUGGCCAGGCCGCCACCAACAACGUCUCCUCGCCUCUGCAAAGCCCCGUCCUGAGCGAGGUGGGCAGCAAUGCCAGACUAGAGGAGGAGGAGGAGGGCAGGAGGAAGAGGUAUCCCGCUGACAAGGCCUACUUCAUUGCCAAAGAGAUUUUGACCACAGAGAGAACCUACCUGAAGGACUUGGAAGUCAUCACUGUGUGGUUCCGCAGUGCCGUGAUCAAGGAGAACGCCAUGCCGGAUGGCCUGAUGACGCUGCUCUUCUCCAACAUCGACCCUAUUUACGAGUUCCACCGCGGCUUCCUCAAGGAGCUGGAUCAGCGGCUGGCUCUCUGGGAAGGCCGCUCAAAUGCUCACGUCAAAGGUGACUACCAGAGGAUUGGUGAUGUGAUGCUGAAGAAUAUGUCCGCUCUCAAAGGCUUCAGCAGCUACCUGCGGAAGCACGACGAGGUAUUAACAGAACUGGAGAAGGCCAGCAAGCGGUUGAAGAAGCUGGAGACGGUUUACAAGGAGUUUGAGCUGCAGAAGGUGUGUUACCUGCCACUCAACACCUUCCUCCUCAAGCCCAUCCAGCGCCUCAUGCACUACAAGCUCAUCCUGGAGCGCCUGUGCAAGCACUACGGGUCCGCCCACCGCCACCACACCGACUGCAAAGAGGCUCUGAAGGAGGUGGCGGAAAUCACAGCACAACUUCAGAGCAGCCUCAUCCGCCUGGAGAACUUCCAGAAGCUCACCGAGCUGCAGCGAGACCUCAUCGGGAUCGACAACUUGACAGCACCCGGGAGGGAGUUCAUACGGGAGGGCUGCCUGUACAAGCUGACUAAGAAGGGACUGCAGCAAAGAAUGUUCUUCCUGUUCUCAGACAUGCUCCUCUACACCAGCAAAGGCGUCACGGCAACCAACCAGUUCAAAGUGCACGGACAGCUGCCCCUCCAUGGCAUGAUUGUGGAGGAGAGUGAGAAGGAGUGGACAGUGCCUCACUGCUUCACCAUCUACUCUGCAAACAGGACCAUUGUGGUAGCAGCCAGCUCCAAAGUGGAGAUGAACAAAUGGAUCGAAGAUCUCAACAUGGCCAUCGACUCGGCAAAGAAGUCUCAGGAGAAGCCCAGCGUCUUCUUGGACGGAGGCCUCGCCGAUCACUCCAAUCGCUCUUCGGACGAGGUUUCUCUGGAGCAGGAGUCCGAAGACGACAUGAACUCGUCGCACACGUCUCUGGACAAGCAGACCCACCACCGCGCCAACACCACCAUGCACGUGUGCUGGCACCGCAACACCAGCGUGUCCAUGUCAGACCAUAGCCUGGCUGUGGAGAACCAGCUAUCGGGCUACCUCCUGAGGAAAUUUAAGAACAGCAACGGCUGGCAGAAACUCUGGGUGGUUUUCACCAACUUCUGCUUGUUCUUCUACAAGACACACCAGGAUGACUUCCCGCUGGCGAGCCUACCACUGCUGGGCUAUACGGUGAGCACGCCGGAGGAGGCGGACGCCAUUCACAAAGAUUACGUCUUCAAGCUGCAGUUCAAAUCGCACGUCUACUUUUUCCGGGCCGAGAGCGAAUACACCUUUGAGAGGUGGAUGGAGGUGAUCAAGAGCGCAGCUAGCGCCACGGGCCGUGUGAGCCUGCUGGUCCCAGCCAAAGGAGAUGGCGAAGAAGACCUCUCCGCCAAGAUGAACGGAAGCUGACAUGGAGGAGUCCAUGUCUGCAUGCCUUCUUUCAUUAACCACCUUAACAUUGAUUUCUGCACGGAGGCUCUUUUCAAGUUUUACAGGACCAACAUAGCAAAGAGGGCGUAGCAGGUCUAAUUUUGGUGGAGCCAAGGUGUGAAGAUGAUGAUGACGACGACGAGGACGAUGAUGAGGAAAGUUCCUGGAAGUGCACACGAAAGACUUGAGUGCGUCGGUGCUGCUGUUCGUGCUGGCGUUGAAUCAGUAUUUGUUAUUAACCAAGGCUGGUCCCUACUAAGAUGGAUGUUCUUAAACCAUUCAUGCCAUUUUAUGUUGUCUGUAACAAGAGAGGCCGUCUUUAGUGUCUGUCACAUGGCGCUAAGGUCUAGUCAUCUAUUUAUUGUGUAGUGUGCGUGCGUGCAGGGAGCCUGUUUUAGUUUUAUCAUUGAUUCUUUUUAAAACGCUGUCAAUUAAAACGAUCAUUUCAGACUACA